AUGGCAUCUGACUCCUGGGAUUGGGAAGAAAAGAUUCGUGAGCUCGAAGUCAGACUUCGGGAUGAGUUUCGAGCCGAAACCGCGAAGGUUCUCUCGCAGUGCCUGGCGAAGGUCGAGCGCCUGGAAUCGGAGCUGCGCCUCUCAAAGGAGACGCGCCUGCCCAUCUCCGAGCCCGCGUCCUGGAGCCCUGUGCAGGCGCAGGCUUGGGAGGCUCCCAAGCCUCAAACACUUCAACAGGAAUCGAAACCCAAAGAGGAGACGAAAGGGACUGGGCCUGGGCCGACUGAUGAAGCUCAAGAGCCGAUCCCUUUCACAGAGUCGACUUGGAAUCUGCUUCUCGUUCUGGGCUUCACAAAGGCUGGCUGGAUCGACAUCGUGAUUGGCUGCGGCGUUUUUGUCGGAAGUCUCCUGCUGCAGGGGGGAUUGUGCUACGUGCUCCUAACCGGCGACUUCCUUGGAAAGCCACUGACUCGCGAGAUCGACAUCGCGAGAAGGUGGAGAGCGGGCACUGCACAUGAUUUCAAGCAUCUGGACAUCUCGGAAACAAGCCUUGUGUCGCGUGUGUGCAACGGAGAUGGAUCUUUGAUCAUGUCCACACAGCAGGCUUCUUUCAUUUCACAGCUGAACACUUACCUCGGCAUGCAAGAAAGUGAAUUGGCUCCUGAAAGCAUCUGUCCCGGGAGUGUGCUUUGCGUGCUUUGUAUCUCUUGGUGGUGCCUCUACCUGGGCAGAGAGUACCGGCAGAUCUUCUCGUCCUUGGAAGGCUUGUGGAAUGUGCCUCGAGGGCCCUCCACCAUUCUGGAGAUGGGAACCCUUCGGUCGGUGUCAUUUCCGCGGUUCUUCCUUUUCUGCACAGUGCGGAUCUCGAAGGCUGUCAUCUCAAGCCUCUUGCUUGCCGCCGGCAUCCAGUGGCUGGUGAACACCAUAGCCAUCAGGAGCAUAGUUCUGCGAGCUGUGGCCUUGAAAAGCCUUUUUGAGCUCGACAGCGUCUUUUACGCGGCCUUCAUGCCGAAGCAGCUUCAGGUCUGCAUGAAGAAGCUAAAGCCCAUGCAGUUUCGCAAUUCUCCAUGCCGGAGCCAGAUUGAAUCCCUUCUUCUCUUGCUCUUUUUCGUGGUCGUGAUUUUCGGGAGCUGGCAUCAGCUGGUUGACCCAAUCGGUGGCACCAUGGAACGCAUCAAGACUGAGUACUGCGGCGGCAACCAGAACUUCGUGGUCGCCGUAAAUGAUGAUCACGGUUUGGCAGUCGGACGGUCGAGUAUGCCCUAUGACCCAGCCCGAGCUGAAGACGAGAUCGCUACUGCGGUGUACGACUACGCUUUCAAAUCAAACGAGAGCAACCUUAUCUUAUUCCACACCUCACCGCGGAGCUUUGAGAAGACACGAGUGGAAACCAUGGCUACGGCCACCACUUCCACCUUGCCGUGCGCCAAUUUCGACGGGUGGUUCCUUCGCGGGGAAAACGAACCGAUCCCCGACACCUAG